UGGCUCAGAGGUUCAGUUUCACUUCCGUCUUUAGAAUUGAUAAACUGAGUCAUUAGAGUUUUCAUCUGUUACCAGGUUUAAACCAAUGUGUGGAAGCAACCGUGGACAUAAAUUGUAUCCGUUUUUAUCUCACUCAUGGAUAUGUGUGCACUUGUUUCAGUGCUGUAAGAUCUACUUUAUCUGUAACUAGCCCGCUAGUCAGGAAACAGGAACUUGCUAGCUGCCUAAAGUCACCUGGCCAGCUUUAGCUUGUUUUCUUUCAUAUUACUCCAUCGUGUCUCAUACAUCAGCUUGGAGAGCUGACAAGGUUUUCAGUCAUGGCCAAGACACCAUGUUGGAGAUUGCUCGCUUUUCUUGUGCUGAUGGCCACUAGAGCACAAGCAAGUAAGAACACGGAGAAGUGCAAGCUGGUCCAUGAGAGCAACUCUGAGAGACAGGUGCUCAGUUUCCUGGAGCCACUCACCAAUCAGACUUUUACUGCUCACACCAAAGAAGGAGAGGACGAGUACACCUACAUGUUCCAGGUGUGUGGUGAUGCAGAUGGUGUGAAAGAUGCAGGAAUGGUGCAGAGGGACCAGAACGGCAAGCAUGUGCUUAUUGGGAAUUACAGUUUAACACAGGCUGUUAGAGGAAGUGACUGGGUAAUGUUGAUCUACCUGGGUGGGGAGAAAUAUCAUGGGCAUUGCUCACAGGAGCAGAGGAGAGCCAUCAUCAUGAUUUCCUGUGACAGAACUAAGGCUGCGGGACAGCUGUCAGUGGUUCUGGAGGACAGAGAGAGGGUCACUAACUGUUUUUACUUGUUCGAGUUGGACUCCAGUGCUGUGUGUCCUAUUAUUGAAUCCAAACUCAGCACUGGAUCCAUACUUCUCAUAGCUGGCUUCUCCUUUUUGGCUGUCUACCUCAUCAUUGGCUUUCUCUACCAGCGACUGGUCGUUGGAGCAAAAGGAGUUGAACAGUUUCCAAACUAUGGCUUUUGGUCAGAAAUAGGCAACUUGUCAGCUGAUGGAUGUGACUUUGUGUGUCGCUCCCGUGGCAGCAGAGAGGAACCGCCCACUUACAGGGGCGUGCCUGCUGAGCCGAUAGAAGAGCCAGAGGAAAGGGAUGACCAUUUGCUUCCAAUGUGAUCAUGGUGUGUGAUCGAGUGAGCCGAGCAUUGGGUUGUCUAGGCAUAGGCCAGGAAGGCUUCUCCAUGUUUCAGUUAUUAAAACAAAGCACUUAUGCUUAUGUAUAUCCCAUAUUGCUCUUAGACAUUUACAAGUAAAUGCUGUGCUUCAACAAAAUUUUAUGUUUCUCCGUGUAAAUUUGAAAAUUAUACAGCAGAACUGUUGACACCUUUGAUUUGUUUAGGACAAACUUGUCAUUCAUCCAAAAAGAUAAAUAAAUAAUUAAAUUUGUUUAGUUUUUUUUUUUAUAUAUAGUAGACAUGUGCUUACAGUCUACGCUUUAAUAUUUAAUUCAAAUCCUAUUCAUGCCCAAAGAAGCCUAUACAAUGUCAUAUGAAUGUUAUGAAGUGGUUUAUUGUUACUUAUUAAUUGCAGUUGAUAUUUGAUAUUAAUGAACUGAUGGGUUCAUACUACUGCCCCACUAGGCUUUCCUGACUGUAAAUAUGGAUUAUACUGAUGUAGUAGUUACUUCUGCAUUCUGGUGGUGUUGCUGUGUGUCACUGAUGUGGCUUUGAGUGUAAAACUCUGGAAAACACUGGAAAACACACUGCAGCGCUAAAGUAUACUUGCAAAGAUGAAGGUACUCAGUGCAGCGACUUUUAUCAUGUUACACCUUUUUAUAAUAUUACUGAUUAAAUAUUAUUAUGAAUGUUUUUGUCAGAGUGGCUGGUGAGCCAAUGGCGAUGAUAGCUAAAUUUUACUAAAGGAGGUAUAGAGAGUAAGUACUUUGGGUACUGUAUGCGGUAAUGGAAAUGCCAAGGAUAACUGUCAUCAAAUGACAAAGCUUAGUCUUUGAAUAAUUAAGACUAUCAGUGGAAAUUUGGAGUGGAAUAUUAAAGUGUGUCUGGAAAGCAAACCUGUAUGUUCAUUGCAAGUAGUUGGGGAAUUAUCAAUUCUGUUUCUUUUUCUUUUAUUGAUUUUUUUGUAGAUAUUUAGAUAUAAGAACUUGGGACGGCGUUGGCCACUGCAAAAUAAGUUUGCACAAAGAAACAGAAUGAGAUUUAAAACUGAUCUGACCUUAAAAAAGCACUUCCAAAGUUGUAUAAUAGUGACUUUAUUUGCGCGUGAACUUCAGCUUAAAGGAACCCUGAUGUUCGUUUAAAGGAGAUUUAACCAAAUAUUCGCUUAUGUACUCAUACUGUAGUUUAAAUAGUAGUUGUGAAAAUGCUUCCAAGUUAAGACUUAGCUCAGCCUGUGUCUAGGAACCUGGUUCUGUAAUAUCAGAUUCUUAAGACUGUGGGUGUGUUUCAAAUUAGGAUAAACUACUAACAUUUCUAGUAGUCAAAACCACAAGGUAUAACUCAAAAACAAGUUUUUUCAGUUUUGACAAGUUUAUGAGAGAAUCUGUUCAUCCAAACUGAAUAUAAACUGUGACGUUUUUUAUGGUGUGGGGGAAAUUAGUUUUGCUGGCAGUGGGAGAACAUGAUUAAAGCUUUUGAUGAUCA